GCUUAUAUAAACAGUAUUGCUCGCUUCUGAGAUAAUUUCUUUCGUUUUGUCAACCGAUGCUUAUUAACGGGGACAAAAGGGCUUGCGAACCCUGUAUCCGCGGCCACCGCGUCACGUCGUGCAAUCAUCGUGACCGCCCACUCUUGCGCAUUAAUAGAAAAGGCCGCCCCCCCUUAACCUGCUCGAAAUGCAAUAGUACGACUUGUGCAAGGCCAGAAGAGCACACUAAAUACAGAACUGCUUCAAAAGUAGACGUGCACCAAAUAUACCCCAAUAGGCCCACCAUAUCAAAACACCGCACCUUCAGAGGGCAAAGAAAUACUUAUCAACAAAACAUGGUCAGAACCUCACAAUCCUCAGUGCUAUACUAAUGAUGGGUUCUCCUGUCUCCUUCAUAGAAAUCUGCUACGCGAUUGUUUCGCCGAAGUACCACUUCCUUCGUCCCGAUCGCACCACGCCCAGCUUCCACGACAGCCCCAGUCUAUGUUCAAGACCAUACUGGCCAUUAUGCCGCGCCUAACGGCUCCGCAAGGCUGACCGCAUCGAAGGAAUCAACAUCCGUAACUUCCUCUACAUGGGCAGACCGUCACGACACAUCUU